CAAACUCUCCCACAUAGUAGAGCUCAAACUACUGCGCUUACUUCUCUCUUCCAAUUUUAGCAGAGCUUGAUUCAUGCAGACGUCCAAAGGCGCUUUAGGUUCUGUUUCUGAGGAACACAAGAGCAAGAGGUACAUCAUCGUUUUCCUCAACCUUUCAUUUGUCUUGUCGUCUUCUGUUUUCUUGAUGACAUGUUUCAGAUCUUCAGGAUCUCUUGUCUUAACCAGUUAUAAACCCAAAUCCUGGACUAAUCAGCAAAACUGUAGUGGACUGUUGAAUUUAGAUGAUUACAAAGCCAAAUGCUCUUUACUUAAGUCCAAUAACCCAUGUGUUUCUCAAGGAUAUGUUGAUUAUCUUUACCUUUUCUAUUGCAAUUUUGGGGAGUUUCAGUUCUUGGGACAUUCCCUUUUGAUCCUUUGGCUCCUUAUCUUGUUUUAUCUGUUGGGAAACACAGCUUCCGAAUACUUUUGUUACUCUCUUGAAAGCUUGUCGUGUUUCUUGAAAUUGUCCCCCACACUUGCGGGUGUCACACUCUUGCCACUCGGCAAUGGUGCUCCUGAUGUUUUUUCGAGCAUGGUAUCCUUCAUGGACGGAGAGACACAAGAUGUUGCCCUGAACACAGUUCUGGGUGGGGCUUUGUUUGUGACUUGUGUCGUGGUUGGAACCAUUAGCACGUUUGUGCGCCGGAAGGAAGUUCGGAUUAACAAACAGGCCUUUGUAAGAGAUGUUUGCUUCCUCCUUUUGGUUCUUUUUUCCUUGACUUUGAUAUUGGUUUAUGGGAGAAUCACUAUUUGGGGAUCCAUGGCCUUUUCCUUAAUGUACAUUGUGUAUGUCAUCCUUGUUUAUAUAGUAUACAUUGUCUGGAAUUCCGGUGCUACGGACGUCUUCGAUUCCGAUUCUUGUGGCUUGAAAAAACCGAUCUUGAACGGAAUUGAGAAAGUGGAGACUGAAUGUUUAGAGGGAGGGAAUAUGGAAGAUGAAAAGGGGUCAGUGGAAACAAAGAGAUUUUGCAGUAUGUUAAUUUGGACUCUAGAGAUGCCCCUUUAUUUACCUAGGAGAUUGACAAUUCCAAUAGCUUGUAAAGAUAGAUGGUCUAAGCCAAUGGCGGUUGUUUCAGUGUCAUUGGCACCAAUUCUCUUAUCUGUAAUUUGGGACCUUCAAGAUGACAAAAUAAGUGUAAUAGCCUAUGGGAUUGGGUGCCUUUUCGGCCUGAGUUUUGGUGUUCUAGCAUGCCUAAAAACCCAAAAAUCCAGCCCUCCACAAAAAUGCUUAUUCCCAUGGCUAGCCGGAGGGUUCAUAAUGAGUGUGAUUUGGAGCUACAUCAUAGCUCAAGAACUAGUUGGCCUAUUAGUUUCGCUCGGCUACAUACUCGGAAUCAGUCACUCGAUCCUCGGUCUCACCGCCCUCGCUUGGGGCAACUCGCUCGGAGACCUGAUAACCAACUUGACCAUGGCAUUGAAUGGUGGUCCAAAAGGGGCACAAGUGGCCCUAUCAGGCUGCUAUGCCGGUCCCAUCUUCAACAUGCUCUUCGGUUUAGGGCUGUCCCUUGUUGGCUCUACUUGGUACGGAUACCCUUCGCCUAUGGAGAUUCCUAGAGACCCUUAUCUAUUUGAAACACUUGGUUUUCUAGUUGCUGCCUUGCUAUGGACAAUUUUGGUACUGCCAAUUAAGGACAUGAGGCUUGAUGGGGUCCUUGGGGGAGGCCUUUUUCUGAUUUACUUCACUUCCAUGUCUUUAAGACUUGUUCAAGUUGUUGGUCCCCUCCAACUUCAUACCAUUUCUUAGUACUUUUGUAUCAUUGUAAAUUAUUGGACGUUUAUAAAG